AUGGCCUCUUCUUCGGUUUCCAAGUCCUUUUUCCAAACCCGUUCUAUAAGUUUUCCAUCAAGAUCUCACUCUAAAACCAAUCAAUUUGAACAACAGUUGUACACAUUGAGGUCUUCUCAAGCUGCCUCAACUUCUUCAUCAUCAUCAGUAAGCCACAGGCUUAACAGUCUUAAGGACUUGUACGACAAUGCUGAUGAGUUGCUUCAACUGCCUUCUAACCAACUACUUCUAUCCAAAAACAAACAUACAAAAUCUAUUGAAGAAGUCUUAAGUGGAUCUCUGAGACUCCUGGAGAUCUGUGGUACAUCCAGGGAUGUCUUACAGCAGUCAAAAGAGCGAUUACAGGACAUACAAUCAGUGCUGCGCAGAAGGAGCAAUGGCGAAUUUAGCAUUGCCAAUGAAGUAACAGAAUAUCUAAACACAAGAAAGAAAGCCAAGAAAACCAUUAAAAAGUGCUUAAGAGACAUCAAGGAAGCUCACAAAAACACCGAGACAAAUGCCAUAGUAAGCAUGCUGAAAGAUACAGAAGCAAUAACUACUGAUAAUUUCAAGUCCUUUCUGUCAUACAUUGCUGGUGCAAAGUUGCAGUCUCAGAAAAGUAGUUGGUCUGCAGUUUCCAAACUAAUCAGCCAGAGUGGAAACAAGGAAGCAGCAGCAUUAAUCAGCGAAUUCGACAUUGUUGAUGAUACAUUGGAUUUACUAAUCCAGAAGAAGAAAACUGGCAUUAAUGUGUCACAAGUAGAGGAUAUGAAAAGGCAGAUGAUAAAAUUAGAGUCUGAAAUUCAAGAUUUUGAUGAAGCAUUAGAAUGUUUGUUUAGGCAUCUUGUUAGGACUAGAGCAACUCUUCUUAACAUCCUCAGUAAUUAG